UACUAUAUUGGUAACCAAGAGCACUCACGCACUAAAGACUGGAUCCCCCCCAUCCUCCCGCUCUCACCCCUCCCCUCCCCUCCUCCUCUCUCCUCUCUCCCUUGUUUUCUCGGGCACAGAUUAUCUCCGUCCGCCGUCCUGUCGCUGAAAUGUCGACCCCAGAUGCAGCAGGACCGCCAGGAGCCGGCGGGGCCCCGGAAGGCGAGGGGGGGCCCCCUGCUCCAGCCCCAAACCUCACCAGCAACAGACGGCUGCAGCAGACACAGGCACAGGUGGACGAGGUGGUCGACAUCAUGCGCGUGAACGUGGACAAAGUCCUGGAGCGGGACCAGAAGCUGUCGGAACUGGACGACCGGGCCGACGCCCUGCAGGCUGGAGCUUCGCAGUUUGAGAGCAGCGCCGCCAAACUGAAGAACAAGUACUGGUGGAAAAACUGCAAGAUGAUGAUCAUCAUGGCGGUCGUAGGCGUAAUAUUUGUUGGAGUCAUCUUCUUGUAUUUCUUCCACUGACCCGUCUCCAGGAGCAGAGACCCGGGUCGUGUGACGGGUCAGCACCGACUCGGACUUCACCGGUUUCUCACUGCAGUGUUAAAACCCCCGUUUUGUUCUCAUGUUGGACAUUAACAGAAGGAUUAUAUCUGACUGAUGUUACUUUAUUUCCUUGUGGGAUGUGAUUUUUGACCUGUACUGGUUCUAGUGGGCACCAGUAAAAGCCAGUUGUUCUCCUGUCUCUACUUCUAUCGUCUUGUGACCCAACCUCUCGUCUUUAGUGCGGCUGCUGGUACUGAGACUGUUUGAAGCUUAGAGCGAGUGGUUGAGACUGUGUCUGAUACACAGUGAGCAGAGUUCUGAUGGAGCCUGGGAACUAAAAUAAAUGUGUUUGAGACACA